AACUUCAUGUAGAAGGAAUUGAUAAACCAUUUUGGGUACAUGAAGAAUAUUUAGUUCUUCAAUCUUUAUUCUUUCGUGAAGUAUUCGAAAAUGUUUCUAAUGGUGAUAUCAUCACCAUAACUGUUCCAUCACCUGAUACUUUUGAACCAUUAUUGGAAUUUUUAUAUAGUGGGGAUGCGGAUAAAUGGUACGAUACUUUAACUGUAGAUAAUUAUUAUGAUGUUUGGCAAAAUUUAGAGUAUCUUGGUUUGGGUCCAGCUGCUCAAGCCGUUUGUCUCGCUUUUUAUCAACACGAAAUUCAAGAGAAUA